ACACACAGGAAUCCAGACCUACACACACACACACACACACACACACGCGCACACACUCUCAUGCUCUUUCUCCCUCCUUGGCAGGAAGGACUCUCCUCUGAACCAGACGACAGCUUGCGCCUCUCUCCUUUUCCUCUGCUGGCAGGUGUUAGAAAUAAAACCAUAAAUAAGUGCAAGAGGCAGCCAGAGACAGCGCGAGAGAGCAGGACAAAUGUCUGUCUUCGUUUGUUGCUGGAGAAAAGGGGACAUAUGAGGGAAAAGGAACGAUAUGGAGGAGAAACCUGUUAUUUUGCGUAGCUAGAACAGUUAUUAGGCUUUUAUUUUUCUGCUGUCAACUGUAUUUUUGUGUGUGAAGGGGAUUGAAGAGCACACUCGGAUCAUCUGGGCUCAAGCUGCAGCGCUGUUGAUUGAGUUUGAGUGCAGCUGAGGGGAAACAAAGUAACCGAGAGGAACACAAGGCAGUCAUGGACACUAUAACACCUCAAUCCUGGAUGACUUGGAUUUGCACAUUGGAGUUGGAUCCCAUCCAGCCCACAGUCCACUGAUACAAAUGAGUACCCAUGUGCCUCCUGAGCCAUGCUCCCCGGCUAUGGAUUCUCUCCUCUCCUUGAUUUCCAGCCUCACCUCCAAGCGUUCCAUUGCAGAGGCGAGAGCUCUGACAUGUGGUUCCCAGGUUCAGUUGAGACCCAGGCUCUGAGUGACUCUCGAGAAGGUAGGCCUCUCCUGCGACAGCAUCAACACAUUGCCGUGUGUCAGCAAGAGACGUUGGCCUUCAUUGACCUUCAGCAGCCAAGUAUUAAUGGUUUCCAAUCAUGCACAGCAGAAAACUGUAGUUCCUCUCUUUGCUCCAAGCCUGUCGGAUGCAAUGGAAGCAGUCCAUCUGAUUUUGAUAAGAAUGGGAGUACAGACGCAACACUGGACAAUUAUUUGACCCAGCAGAGCAAAAAUGUGGAAGGGGUUUACGAUCAGACUUGGACACCCAUUACUGCCUUACCUGAAACAGAAGUUAAGGGUCUCGGUUCUCGAGACUUGUUUCUGCCUCUGUCCUCUACAUAUGUACCUGAGAGCAGAAACUCUUUGGAGCCUCCGCAGCAGAGCUCCCCCUCUUCCCCCUUAGAGUUCCAGAGUUUGGACCCAUUUCGCCCUCAACGACGCACAUCUUUGGGAUCCAUAAAGGAGAAGUCCAUAAGGCGUAAGAUGAGGGUGUACUCUCCAGACACUAUGAAUGAUGAAUCUCUCAGCAGCCCAGGCGUGGAGUGUGAUUACCUGCUUCCGACAUCCUUUGAAUCUUUCGUAGAAGGAGGCCUUGGCAUGGUGGGUUCUACCAUACCCACAUCCAACAGUUCCAGCUCUCUCCCAGGGGUUGAUGAGGACCUUUCUCUUUUUGCCUUACCGACACCUCCGAAACCUUUCUUAGAUCCCCUUCAGGAGGGUGCCAGAUUGGAGGAUGUAAAUGAUGGUGGGAGGCAGAGGUUGGGCCUGGAAGACUGCGGAGCUCUGGAAGGCCCUGCCCUUAACAGUGGGACCUCGCUGCCUCUAUCCCGUUCUCGCUCAGCAGACAAUGAGCGCCGGCGCUUCUCUGCCUCUGAGCUCAUCUCUCGUCUACAACUCUCCCAGAGGAAAAACUCUUUUACCCUUAAGCUGGGCAAGUCUCUUUCUGCUCGUGUGGCCUCCCGGGACCGCCACCUGUCUGGAAACCUCAGCUCAGACUACAAACCCAGCUCCAGACAUCGCUUCUCAGGGGGAUCAAGUGACAGUGCACCACAUAGUCCAGUGGGGUCUGCACCACCUCUGCCCUCUGCUGACUGUAAUCUGCCACAGCAAAGGAGAAGUUCCAAGCAAAGUAUGAGAAAGGGUUCCAUUGAUGAGAAUGGAGACAGUCCUCCCAGUAGCUCUAAACGGCUGUCACGCUUCUUGCCAAACUUGAUUUUGUAUCAGGAAUACAGUGACGUUGCUAUUAAUAGGGAGAUACAAAGGCAGCAGGGGGCAGAGCCAGGAACCGAUGAAGAAAAAGGAGACUCUGUGUCCUCUGGCAACCUGUCUCCAUCCAGUUCAUUCCGCUCAUCUCGAGGCUCUGCAUUUUCCCUUUGGCAAGAUAUUCCUGAUGUUCGGUCCAGUGGACAACUUGACAACUUCAGCAACGAAGAGCGUAAACUGCAGGAGGCCAAGUUUGAAUUGGUGACGUCAGAGGCCUCAUACAUACGCAGCUUGUCUAUUGCAGUUGACCAUUUCAUGAUGUCUCCUGAGCUGUGUGAGUGUCUUGGGACACAGGAGAGGCAAUGGCUCUUCUCCAAACUGCCUGAUGUAAAAGAAGUUAGUGAGAGAUUUCUUCAAGAUUUGGAGCACAGGUUAGAAGGGGACAUUCUGCGUUUUGAUGUGUGUGACAUUGUCCUUGACCACUGUCCUGCACUGCGGAGGGUUUAUCUGCCUUAUGUCACAAAUCAAGCCUAUCAGGAACAGACCUAUCAACGGCUACUGCAAGAGAAUCCCCGUUUCCCUGGAAUCCUUGCCCGCCUGGAAGAGGACCCAAUAUGCCAGAGGCUGCCUCUUACAUCAUUCCUUAUCCUUCCUUUUCAAAGGAUCACACGCCUCAAAAUGCUAGUGGAGAAUAUCUUGAAGAGAACAACGCCUGGAUCACGAGAUGAGGACACAGCCACCAAAGCACUUAAUGAGCUCAAAAAGAUAAUAAAGGAAUGUAACUCCAGUGUGCAGUCAAUGAAGAGGAUGGAAGAACUAAUUCAUCUAAACAAGAAAAUUCACUUUGAGGGCAAGAUUUUUCCUCUCAUCUCUCAGUCUCGUUGGUUGGUCAAACAUGGUGAACUGCUAGAAGUGGACACACAGAACUUGAGUAUUUCUGGGUCCAAGUUUAAACUAACCACUCGGCCUGUGUACCUUCAUCUGUUUAAUGACUGUCUUCUGCUGUCCCGAAGGAAGGACACGUGGAAGUUCAUGGUGUUUGUACAUGCAAAGAUUGAGGACCUUAAGGUGAAAGAUCUAAGCCAGAAACUUCAAGGAAUCUCGGGCUUCAUCUUCUAUCUGCAGUUAUGUGAGGGGCAACAGCUAAAACACCAGAUUCUGCUCAAGUCACCCACAGAGAGCAGCAAACAGAGGUGGAUAACAGCUAUGUUUCCCUCCGAUCCAAAGACUGCUAUUGAGCAGACCAAUGAGAAUGAUGAUCUAUCUCAAGUCCAGUGCAUCAAGAGCUACCAGUCUCAGGAGCAUGAUGAGUUAACGCUGGAAAAGGCAGACAUCCUUCAAGCUGUAACAAUUACAAGCGAUGGGUGGGUAGAGGGGAUCCGGUUGUCGGAUGGAGAGCGGGGCUGGUUCCCCAAAACGUACGUGGAGGAGAUCACAAGCCGCAGUGCUCGUUUGCGAAACCUCCGUGAAAACAUUCGCAUUAAAUGUGUCUCACAAAAAUUGGAGGGAGAGACUCUCUGAGACCUUGAAAGUCUGGGGCAUUGUUUUACUUAAAGCUUCUUGCAUUUGCUUUAGCAAUCCAGAGUAAAUUUGUACAUCACUGCAAAUUUGUGUGAAUAUUCCAUGGCUAACAUUUUAGCUUUAUUAAGGUAUGCUGUAAAAAUCUAAACUAUGCAUUGCAUCUAGGGAGGACAAAAUGUGCCACAUAAAAAAAGAUCAAUUAAUUUAUUAAACUGAAAAUAAAAUAUAUAAGUUUGCAAAGUUUUACAAAUGUACAAAAAAUAUUUAAUUAUUAAAAGGAAUAUUAAGAUUACAUUUUUAAAAUUAAAAUACAAAUUAAUGAAAAAUAUUUGUUUUACACAUCUAUUUUCAUUUUAAUGAAUUAUUGAUUUCAUCCUUGUCUGAUGCUACUAGUCCUCCUUAUUCACUUAAGAGUUUUGCACUUCAGGUUUUAAGUAUUCCUAGAUCUUCAAGUGAUAUAGCCUUGGUUACAUUCUACGGCUCGCUUGCAAAGAAAUGCAUGUGUUGUUACUGCAUGUAGCAUAUGGUGCUGAGCUUUCUGACAGUCCAUAGACACAAACCACUCAAAAUACAGCUGUCUCAGGCUCACCAUGUGGGUGGAUGAAGUCUGGAUAUGUCAGCUGUUAAAAUGUUUAGCAAACAAGUUCCAAUUUAAAUGGGUUAGUUUUAGGUGGUAAAGCAGCCAUUUCUCUCUAAAAGUGUAUAAGGACUUCUCUCUGACUUGGUUAAAUAAAGUGAGAUGUCUUGUUGGCAGAUCACUGAACAGCUAAAUGCUUGCCUUUACUAGUAAAAAAAACAAAUUGGAACCAAAUUUGGAUUAUUAUUAUUUUUUUUUUUUUGAAUGAUGUUGCUAUAGCAACAUAAAUAUUAGUUAAUGCCACUAGUCUUCUGUAGAUAAUAAUUUACUAAAUAGUACUGGCAUAAUGACAAGAAGUGUUCUUUCAAAUAUCGACCAUUAUUUAUGUCAGUGAUACUGCUGUUUGUGUAUUUUGUUUUGGUAAAGCAGAUUUUGUGGGCAAUUUCUUUGUGGAGUACUGGUAUCCUGAGCAUGUUAAAUCACAUUUGAAAUAUAAUCCUUUACGGUGACUUUGUAUAUAAAUAAAUGCUAUAUUCUAGUUGAAA